UUAUAUACGAACCCACCGCACACUCUCUGUUCCACUCAAAUCCAUCACCUUCUCCUCCAACUUCACUUCCAUUUUAUUAAUUUUAGCUUCCCAAAAAUGGCUUCUUUCGGAGAAACACCAUCUGAUUUAGAACUCAUAAAGCAACACCUCUUUAAUGAUUUUCCUUCAAUGGAAACCUUUCUUUCACCUCCUCCAACACCACAGUUUCAUAAACAAUCCACCCUAAGCCAACGUCGUCCUUCUAUUAACGUCACAAUUCCACCAUCGAAAGUUAACAUAACCUCCGCCGCCACGAAAGCCAUCGAGGAACAUGACGAGAAAAGGCAUUACAGGGGUGUAAGAAGACGACCAUGGGGUAAGUUCGCAGCCGAAAUUAGAGACCCUAAUCGAAAAGGUUCUAGAAUUUGGCUCGGAACUUUCGAAACCGCCAUCGAAGCCGCUAAAGCUUAUGAUAGAGCUGCUUUUAAGCUACGUGGAAGUAAAGCCAUUUUGAAUUUCCCUCUCGAAAUCGGAAACUCGAACUCAACUGAACCCCAACCCUCGAAUAAAAGAAAAAGAGAAGAAGAAGAAGAAGAGAGGAGGAAAGUGGUGAAAAAGGAGGACGUAACGGAAAACGUAACGACGACGGGGGUAUGUUUAACGCCGUCAAAUUGGAAAGGGUUUUGGGAUAGUGAAGAUAUGAAGGGAAUAUUUAGUAUUCCUCCAUUAUCACCUUUAUCUCCGUUUGGCUAUUCCAUUUCAGGACUCGCCGUUAUGUAAUGAUGGUGGUGUCGUUUACUAAAUAAGGAAAGGUUGGUUGACGUGACGGCUUGAAUCAUCUACUAUAAACGGAAAAGUUAACGGCCGUCAAGAAAUAGAUUAACGAAGAGGUGUGUGUUUUGGAUUAGUAUGAGUAUUAUUAGCGUAUAUAAGCUAGAGAAUGCCAAAGCCUAAGGUUUUUUAUUUAAUUAAAAUUGUAUUUGUUUCUUUA